AUGGAUGACAUACAGUUUGAAGAGGCUGCCAGGGUUGGACAAAUUAUUACCAUCAAAGCAAAGGUGAACAGAGCAUUCAAAACCAGCAUGGAGGUUGGCAUCAAGGUUACAGUACAGGAUGUUUUGACUGAUGUUGAAAAAAUUGUGAGUGUGGCAUAUGCAACAUACGUAGCCAAACCAGUUGGUGCUGGAAAGAUUGAAUUAGAACCUGUAAAGCUUCUGUCUACAGAUGACCACCUGGAGCACACCCUGGCUAUUGAGAGAAGAAGAAUCCGACUGGGCUAUGAACAGGUCUUUCAGAACCUAAUGCAGGAGAGUAAUACGGAAGGUACUUUUGAAGAGGAAGAUGCAGUUUCAACUGACCUUACUCACGUACAGAGUAUUGAGCUUGUCCAGCCUCCUCAUGCAAACCAUCAUGGAAACACUUUUGGUGGCCAGAUCAUGGCUUGGAUGGAGACAGUGGCAAGUAUUUCAGCAAGCCGCCUUUGUCAUUCAUAUCCCGUCUUGAAAUCAGUCAAUAUGUUUAAAUUCUGGGGACCAUCUGUCGUGGGUGACCGCCUUGUCUUCAAAGCAAUUGUGAACAAUACAUUUCGGACUAGUGUGGAGGUUGGUGUCCGUGUUGAGGCUUACAACUGUGAAGAAUGGAUCAAGGACCAAGCACGGCAUAUUAACAGCGCGUUUCUCAUUUUUAACUCUGUAAAUGACAAAGGAGAGCUGCUCACCUUCCCCAGAAUCAAACCUACUACAAAGGAUGGUAUGAGGCGAUACCUUGGAGCUAUUGCCCGAAGGAGAAUUCGACUAGCCAGGUAUAGUAUGCUGUCUGCUAAAGAAAAACCUUCAGAUCCCUGGGAGAGAAGCAACCAGGCAUAUGUGAGUUACAGCAAUAUAGCUGCACUGACACACCUAGCAGCAAAACCAGCAUGGGAAAUAACUGGUACACUGGAUGAUAUAAAAAUAUGGACUCAUGAGGAGGGUGACAUGUUGUCACUCAAAGUUGAAAUGCAAGUGAAGAUACCGUCCCAUCUAGCUUUCUCCCUUUUGUCUGACUUCACAUUCCGCCAACAAUGGGACAAACAUUUCUUAACCUGUGAGGUCCUACAGGCUGUGAAUGAAGAUGAGAAAAUAUAUUAUGUUACAUCUCCACCCAUGACUGGCCACAAACCCAGAGACUUUGUGAUUCUUGUGUCUCAAAGGCAGCCCUGUAAGCCAAGUGAACCCUACACAGUAGCUGUAAAGUCAGUUACCCUCACAUCUAUGCCACCUUCUCCAGAAUACUGCAGAAGUGAAAUCCUUUGUGCUGGAUUCCAGAUCUACAGUGACAGCAACAGCUCCUGUACGGUGUGUUACUUCAAUAAAGUGACAUCAGGUGUUAUGCCGUACUUAGCUGCAAAUCUUACUGGCUCAUCAAAAUCCAUUGAAGACACUGCUUUGGAAUGUAUAAAGUUCUUGGAGCUGAAAGGAAGCAAGUUAGGUACUUUGGAUCAAGUAGCCAAUAUUGCACUUGAGCCUGAGAAUAUCUAG